CUUCUCGGACAAAGUUUCCUGCACCCCUUCACCGCAGGCCAUCACCAGCCCGUCGACGUCGUCCGUCCCACGCGUCCAAUUGCACAAUGUCAGCCAGCAAAUCCGUCCUCCGCACAUGCCUCAACACACGGCAGCAGCCCGCGCUGCUCCCGCGGGUGCAAUGCCGCCACGAAUCCACCGCACGGCGGCACAAGAAGCUGCUCGCACUCCCGGAAGCGCCGUCCUACACGCCCUCGCGCUCCGAGCCCUCACUCAUCUUCAACCCGCCCUCGUCCGCCCCGAGCGUCUACCACACCCCGCUCAAGUUCCUCCCCGCGAAUGACAAGCGCCGCUCGCUCUACAGCGCGGCCCUCUCGUACUCCAACACCACCGCGCUGCGCCGCCAGGCCUCCCCCGUCGCGAGCCCCGGCACCCCGCUCUCAGCACCCUCACACCUCCCGCCGCGCCCCUCCGCCGCGCUGCCGCCCCCCGUGCGCGCCCCCUACGCCAAGAAAUACCACCUCGACGAUGCGCAGAUCGCGGAGAUCCGCCGCUUGCGCCUCGGCGACCCGGAGAAGUGGACCAGAGUGAAGCUUGCGGAGCGCUUCGGCUGCAGCCAGUUCUUCGUCGGCAUGCUGGUCAAGGUGCCGGAGAAGGCGGCGCGGAUCGAGGGCGAGCACCAGGCGGCGAGGGAGAAGUGGGGGCGGAGGAGGAGGGAGGCCAGGGAGGAGCGCGAGAAGAGGAAGGUGCUCUGGGGGCGGGAUUUGUAGGGCUUGGAUCCG